CCGAGAUGCGGGCAACCCUAUAAGCGGGCGGAGCGGCGUGCGGGUGAAGAAACGUCACUCAAAAAUCUCAACCGGCUGCCGAUGCAUACGCGCACCGUAUAAUUUGUCUUUUGCAACUUUGUUAAUUCCAAAAUAAACCAUUACAACCAAGCAACUGUGUUUGGCCUAAACAAAUGGUCCUUCGAGCCUCAAUAAUCAACAACGAAAAUACAGUCCACUCAUUUAAUACGUUUGGAGCGAACGAAGUGCAGCAAAUUAUCGCGACAUCGGCUCAACGGCCGCCGGAGUCAAACUUCAGACAUCAAGACAAAGGAAGUACCGUGUGGACAGGGGAAGAUAAAGUGGAGAUUGAGGUGUGUUCCGACAAGCCAGAGGACGAAUACGAGGAACGUUCAAAAUUCGAAGAGCGUUAUUACGCGCUGAUGGCGCAAGCGCGCAAUCUGCUGUGCAGCGAUGGUGCAGCAGAUGACGGCCGCUCUGUUGCAGGUUCGAUAUGCAAACAAGCAGGUGAAUCAUUCCAACACAAUUUUAUUCGCUUACCUAAAAUUGAUUUACCUCGCUUUCAUGGUAGUUAUCAGUGCUGGCUUGAGUAUAGGGAUACAUUUUUAUCAUUAAUUCAUAGUAGUGCUUCAAUCGAUAACAUAAGCAAAUUCCACUAUUUACGCGCCUCGCUCUCGGGUGCGGCGCUCGACAUUAUUACGAACAUAGAUUUUAAAGGCGACAACUAUUUAAUGGCGUGGCAGUUGCUAUGUGAUCGAUAUGACAAUAGUCGUCUAUUAGUGCAUAAUCACGUGCAGGCAUUGUUCAAUGUUGAACAGGUUGUCAAAGAAUCGAGUCUUUGUUUACGUCGUUUGCUUGAUACAAUUAAUAAAAAUAUUCGAGCGUUAAAAACAUUGAACGAGCCGACGCAAUAUUGGGAUACGCUUGUAGUUUACAUCAUGUCAAACAAAUUAGACGUAGUAACCGGUAGACAUUGGGAAGAAUAUCGUAAUGGCUUAUCGAAACCGCCUUCUUUACAACAAUUUUGCGAUUUUAUUAGUAACAAAGCUGAUUUAUUGGAAACAAUUGAAAAUAAACAGAAUACAAAUGUAAAUAAAACAAUUUCGAAAAAUAACAGUUAUAUAAUAGCAUCUAACAUAAAUAAUAAUAAUCGUUCCUUAGAACAAUCAAAACAUAACAACAUUAAAUCUUAUAAAUUGUCAUGUCCUUUAUGUUCAAAAAAUCAUCUUUUGUUUACAUAUGAACAUUUUCGUAGUUUAACGGUUGAAGAAAGAUUAAAAAAGGCGAAAGAGUUAAAAAUAUGUUUUAACUGUUUGCGUCCCGGACAUGGUACUAAGCGAUGUAGAUUAACGCAUUGUAAGUAUUGCAAUAGUAAACAUAAUACGCUUUUGCACACCGAAGAGUCAAAGCCUACUUCAUUUCAAGACCCAAUGCCUAGUAGUUCUAGUGUUGCGUUGCCUAUUAAUCAUUCAUCAUCAUCCAUUGCUUUCGCCAAAGAAAAUAAUAUCGUUUUGUCGAGUAAUGCUCCUAUACAACUUACUACUUCUACGCAUGUUUUACUGUCCACAGCUAUGGUGAAAGUGAUUGACGACAACGGCAACAGCAUGGACGCACGGCUUCUACUCGAUAACGGCAGUACGGCAAAUUUUAUAACGCAGUCGCUUUGCAGUAAACUAAAAUUAUCUACACGUUCUGUAAGUUCUGAAAUUAAUGGUAUUAAUAAUCAAUCGUUAACUAGUACACAAGCUUGCAAUUUAACAAUCGAGUCCCAAUGUUGUAGGUAUAAAGCGAAUAUAGAAUGUUAUGUUUUACCGGAGAUAACUAAAAUACUUCCUUCUACUGUAAUAGACAUCAGUCAACUUUCGUUGCCCUCAGAUCUACAUCUAGCUGACCCUUCGUUCAACAUACCGUCAGUAAUCGACAUUCUCGUCGGGGCUGAAGUUUUCUGGGAUGUUAUAUGUACUAAAUCAAUUAACCUAGGCAAAAACAAGCCUAAGUUAGUUGAAUCAAAAUUAGGUUGGAUUGUUACAGGCCAACUACCAAUACAGACAACAUCAAAUUUUACGCAUUCUUGUAAUUUGUCGAUAAGAGAUCUUGACAACAAUUUGAAAAGGUUUUGGGAACUCGAUUCCGUCGCUUCGAGCCAUGCCCUGUCUAGUGAAGAACGAGCUUGUGAGGAAAGCUUUAAGUUGAUAUACGAUUCGUGA